AUGUCUUUUCCAAACCAGAGCUCUUUGCUGCCACUCGAGCUGGUGGACAAGUGUAUCGGGUCCCGUAUUCACGUGAUCAUGAAAUCGGAGAAGGAGAUAGUGGGAACGUUACUGGGUUUCGACGAUUACGUCAACAUGGUUCUGGAGGAGGUGACGGAAUUUGAGAACACUCAAGAGGGGAGGAAGAUAACAAAGUUGGAUCAGAUCCUUCUCAACGGAAACAACGUCGCUAUGCUCGUUCCUGGCGGCGAGGGACCCGAAGUAUGA